AGAGUAACGUUAGGCUACAGACAGUGAAUGUUCGUUUUCUUCUACAUUGCUCAUCUUGCAAAAUUUAACUGGUUGACUUAGGUUCCAUAAAGAGCAAUAUUUGGGGUUAUCGCUGGAAGAGCAUCGUAUAUUUCCGACGGCACUUGACGCAGUUCCGUGGCUUUACUUCUCGUGUGUGGAGCUCGUCUUCCCGGGGCAGGUGCAGCCAAAUGAGAUGGCAGUGUAAAGUCUGUGGAUUCAGAGCGACAACAAGGGGUGAUCUUCUGCAGCAUUACAGACUACAGCACAGGACGUUUGAGAUUGGAAAUUCGGCCACCUGACAUGGAUUCAGCAAUGCUCUGGGUCCUUUUUGGGCACAGAAUAGAGAAACUGACUCUUCCAUCCGGAAUACCAGAGACAAUGGAGGAGCUGAACUUGGCCAUCAAACUGACAUUAAGUAUAACCGACAACUUCAGCUUGCAGUAUUUAGAUCCAGAUUUUGGUGACUUUUUUACUCUCAACUCCACUGCUGAAAUUAGACACAAGGCCACAAUUAAGGUUGUGACAAUCAAUCCAGUUGUUCUCAGUUUAUACCCAUUACCACUUAAUGACAGCUACGAUGAAAGUUUCACCUCAGAGCAAUCCCAUGAUCCUGCCUCCACAAGUUCCACUGUACAAGACUCCUGUGGCUCGUGUGAGUCGUCAUCUGAAAGCUCAGCCAUCAUGUCAGCAAGCAGCAGCCUACAAAAGAAACCAUGGCCAACUGAUUUCAUUAUUCCACGGUUCUCUGUUGAAACCGAAAUGAUUCUUGAAAGAGCAAAUGAAGUUUAUAGAAAAGAGGGCACACUGCUGACUAUGCCAAACAUCAAGUCCGAUAUACUUGAAAAGCUAGCUCAGUCCAUUUAUACAUACACUCCCUAUCCAUCACUCCAGAAUCGUCUUUCUGUCGCUGAAGCGCUUAUCAAGGCACACCCAUGUCUCAAGGAUCCAGGCAGCUCUUCAGGCGUCAUUGGUUGGCAGAAUAGUAUUAAAUACAAGAUGGCUAACUACAGAACCAAGUUAAGAGGCUUUGGUAUUCCAGAUGUUACAUGCAAUGCUCUAAAACAUAAAUGCCCUGCUGACAGGAAGUCUGCAAAAAAUGUAAAAAAGGCAAAAAGGGCAGAGGUCAAUUAUCUGCCACCCUACCCAGCUGGUGAAAAUGAGCAGAGCUUGGAGAAAGUAAGGGAAGAGCUGGUCACAGAGUCAAAAAAGAAGAACAACGAAAAUGUAGUCAAAGACCAAAUGAGCAAAACAUUUGCCCUCAGAGGACAUGAAAUCAUCAAUCUGUGUCCAACUGUUCGAGCCAUGAAGGACCGCUGGCCUGCCCUGUUUGACCCUUCUCAAAUCAAUGCAGAAUUUCAAAGAACAACCACUGUACUUCUGGAACCGAAAUUUAUGUCUGUGUUAGACCGUCACACUCCCAAGCUACUGAUGCUAUUUCGUGCCAAAGGUGGAGCACUUGGAAGAAGACUGGAGAUCAUAAUGGAACUGCUGCAGGACUCGGUGCACUCUUCGAUUGAGAGGACCAGAGAGGUUGUUCUCCGGUGUCUUAUAGAAUACCUUGGAGAACAAGUGGGACAUCUCAUCAAAGAAUUCAACGACACUGAGAACUUGGAGGAACUUGAACAGCUCAUACUGGCCAUUACUGUGACCCCAAAGCCUGGAGCUUCUACAAGCAACAGCCCAAAGAACAUUGGGAUCGUCAUAGAGGGCAUGGAAGUCAUCACAGGACUUGGAGAUAUUGCAAGGGCUUGCUCUGUCCUCCUUGGCUUGACCUACGCGCUGAAUCUUAAUUAUCCCACACAGCUAAAGUACACCUUUGAGGUCUUCCAAAAACUUUUCUUGGAACUGGAUGAUUCAAAGCUUUCAAGUAAAGUCCAGUCUCUCAAGAGCAAACUUGAGGCUUGAAAUGAGACUGUAUUGCCGUGCAGACUUUUGUGCUACAC